AUUAAACUGCAAGUUAAGGCUGAAGCGGAGAAAAAGAUUUUUUACUGAAAACAGGCACCUGAUCCUGAAGCGCAUCAUUAAAAAAGAGCUGAUUAUAACAAGUACAGAUAGAGAAAGUUUAUUAGACAGAGCAGCAUGGACCGCAAAAUUCCCGACUUCUCUGGUACCUGGAAAAUGAAGAGUUCAGAAAACUUUGAGGAGCUUCUGAAAGCGCUGGGUGUAAACGUGAUGCUUCGUAAGAUUGCUGUAGCAGCGGCGUCAAAGCCGUCGGUGGAGAUCACACAGGACGGCGAGACGCUGUCAAUCAAGACCUCCACCUCGGUUAGGACCACCCAUGUUACUUUUAAAGUCGGAAAGGAGUUUAACGAGACCACCGUGGACGGACGGCCCUGCACGAGCUUUCCUUGCUGGGAGACAGACAGUAAAAUUAGCUGUGAGCAGUGUCUGCUGAAGGGAGAUGGCCCAAAGACGUCAUGGACCAGGGAGUUGACCAAUGACGGUGAACUGAUCUUGACGAUGACUGCGGAUGACGUGGUGUGCACAAGAGUUUAUGUUAGAGAGUGAAAGUUAAAGAAAUGUCAUCUUUCUUUGCAUCCUGUCUUCCUGCCUUCCUGACGUGCCCUGUAAAGACUGAGUCUUCCUGACAGAAACCAGGAUAUGCACAUUUAAUAUUAUAACAUGAUAAUAUUAACCAAAUCAUCUAUGACUACAUGUUCACUAAAAUAUUAGCUUUGAUAGUAUUUCUAGCUGACCAAAUGGAUGCAGGCAAAAUAAGAUUCUAUCACUGAGAUCCCAAGUGAUGUUACUUUUUAUGUUAUUCCAAUUUGAAGGCUGUGUUUGAGGACAAGAGGUCGAUGGUCAGUCCAGUAUUUUUUCAGGUCUUUGGCAAUCAAGUUAGUUUGGUUUUGCAUAUUAUCUUGUCCAGUUUGAGUACCACAUGUAUUAAACCCAGAGUCAACCUGCAGCAUUUUGUUCCAGCACUGAUAUGACAGAUAUGCACUCUGGGAGUUUAGGACUAUGUCUGUAUCUAGAUUUGUAACCAGUUUCAUUUACACUUGUAAUCAAACGCAUUUACAGUUAACCAAAUAGCAUAAAAUAUACAUGUAUAAUAUUUGACCUCUGCUUUUUUUUGCAUGACAUAUAACAUUUUUCUACAUGUUGAUUUUGUGAUAUAAUAGACUGAAAGUUUGGUUACAAUUAAUCUAAUAAUAUGACUAAUAUUAAUUAAUCAAUUGGAUUUACAUGUUUUAUAUGUACAGUAUAAUCCCUUUAUAAACACAAUCCAGAUACUCAAGACACAUGAUACAACCAAGUGUAGAGAUCUAUGUGUGUUACCUGAAGGUUGGAACUGGGGAAGACUUGUCAUCUUUGACAUUAUAUGUUAACGAGUGCAACAUUUCAACAAAACUAUUCUUUGUACUCAUAUAUACACUACUUGACACACUAAACACAAGCCCUCCAGAGCACUUUUACAGUUGGGGUAACUUCAGUUUGUACUUGGGUGCAACCUUAGGUAUUCUAACCAGUAAACCGGCCAGUCUGCCUGGCUGUCAGUCUGAUGAACCGGUUAAAAUAAUGAAAUCAACAAGUGUUGAUUGCAUAAUUUCAACCAAUUUGAUGAAGUCAACUUAUCAUGUCAUGACAGGAUUGUGUAAACAUGAGUGACUUUUGGCAGGGUGUAGGUGCUGCAUGACAUCUGUAGGUCUUUUAACUAUUUCAGAUUGCUGUUUUGAAUAACAUUCUUUGAAUAACAUUUUGUACUCGACAUCACUUUAUUUUGUCUUUUAGGAUUUUGUAUAUACUUCACUAAAAUCUUAUACUCAUAUGCUUUUGUGUAUUUUUUACAGAUUAAUGCAUUCUAUAUACGCUUGGCAAUAAAGUGUUUCAGCAUA